AGCAGAAAAGGACGACGCUGCGGGCGGACUUGGCCAAGCAGGGAGGCGGGGAAGGGGUGUGUGAGAAGGGCCGUGAGUGGGUUUGGCAUCGGGGAGAAGGACCUCGAACUUGUCCCUCCUGUGCUACUGGUUGAUGAUCUUUUUUUAGAUUCUGGAGACAGUCGGCGUUUUUUUUCUUGACUUUCUCUCGGCCUUUGUCAGUGUGUUCGUAGCCUGAAAUGCAUGGUCAUGGAGGCUAUGACUCUGAUUUUAGUGAUGAUGAACACUGUGGAGAAUCUAGCAAAAGGAAAAAAAGGACUGUUGAAGAUGACUUACUGCUCCAAAAGCCAUUUCAGAAAGGAAAACAUGGAAAGGUGGUCCAUAAACAGGUUGCAGCAGAAUUGCUGGAUAGGGAAGAAGCAAGAAAUAGAAGGUUUCAUCUCAUAGCUAUGGAUGCUUAUCAAAGGCAUGCAAAGUUUGUAAAUGACUAUAUUUUAUACUAUGGAGGCAAGAGAGAAGAUUUCAAGCGAUUGGGGGAAAAUGACAAGACAGACAUGGAUGUCCUGCGAGAAAAUCACAGGUUUCUCUGGAGUGAGGACGAUGAAGUGGACAUGAGUUGGGAGAAGAGACUUGCAAAGAAAUACUAUGAUAAAUUAUUCAAGGAAUACUGCAUAGCAGAUCUCAGUAAAUACAAAGAAAAUAAGUUUGGAUUUAGGUGGAGAGUAGAAAAAGAAGUAAUUUCAGGAAAAGGCCAGUUUUCCUGUGGAAAUAAAUAUUGUGAUGAAAAAGACAACUUAAAGAGUUGGGAAGUUAACUUUGGUUAUAUUGAGCAUGGUGAAAAGAGAAAUGCACUUGUUAAAUUAAGAUUAUGCCAAGAAUGUUCCUUUAAACUAAAUUUUCAUCACAGGAGAAAAGAAGUCAAGCCCAAAAAAGGGAAGGACAAAAUAAAAAAACAUUGUAAAGAGACAUCCUAUAAGAAAUCCAGAUUAUCUUCUACAGAAGAGACCUCUAAGAACAGGGACAAAGGACAUUCAUCCUCAAAGAAAUCAGAAGAUUCUAUAAACAGAAACUCUGAUGAAGAAAGUACCUCAGACUCUGAACUUUGGAAGGGCCCACUACCAGAGACCGAUGAAAAAUCACAGGAAGAAGAAUUUGAUGAGUAUUUUCAAGAUUUAUUUCUAUGAGAUGGAAGUGAGAAGCCUACAUUCCUUAAUGUAAAAAUACACUUUGAAAUUCUUCCAAAAUGUUUUAUCUAUAAGUUGUAGUUUGAGUGAUUUGUCUUUGGAAAUAAAAAUUCAGCUACUCUCAAGA